AUGCCUAAAAAGUACACUAAGAAGAAGCCCAAGGGCGGGAAGCGGAACCAAAAUUCCUCAAACUCUCUAAAGGCUGCCCCGGCCCCUGGGAAGACAGUGAAGCCUCUGGUUGAACAUAAAAAAACCGAAAAGAAGCCGAUCAAAGCCAAGAUCGUCAGCACUACAAUUAUCGUGGAACAGCAUCGUCACAGCGGAAUAUUCCUGGCACGUAAUAAGGACGAAUCCAUACAUCUGCUCACUCGGAACAUGGCCCCUAGAGCGGCAGCAGAAUCCGGAAAUUACGACUACAAGGAGCAACGGUUCAGUGCAGAUUUCCGUGGCAAGACGUGUGAGUUUCGCGCCUGGUCCCCCUUUCAGUCGACUCUGGCCGCUGCCGUUAUGAGCGGUGUGAAGGAGCUGUACCUGAAGAGUGGCUCGAAGGUGCUGUACCUUGGGGCUGGGCUUGGGCGGACAGUCGCCCACAUCUCUGACAUCGUAGAUCAGACUGGUGUGGUAUAUGCCGUGGAGCCCGGACCUUGGGCGCUAAAAGCUCUCUCAGCAUUGUCCGAGCGGCGUCCAAAUUUCGUGCCUGUGCUUGAGGAUCCCUCAGCACCGUACGUUUACCACAAGCGUAUUCCGGACAAAGUCGAUAUGAUCAUCUGCAAUCUGCAGCCCGCGGAGCAGGUUCGCACUCUUAUGCUUAAUGCCAGGCAUUUUCUGAAGAUAAACGGGCACUUUGCCAUCUUCCUGCAUGCGGAGAGCAUCUACGACAAUGCCCCCGCGCAGGCGGCCCUUGAAGUCCAGAUGGAGCUUCUGGGGAAACAUAAGCUUGAGCCUCUCCAGUUGGUCCCACUGGAUCCCUAUUUCCGUGGCAAUGCCCUGGUAGUGGGCGUGUACACUCGAAAGCCAGUUAGAUCUUAA